AACAUUAAACUGAUUCUGAACUUCAUGCCUUCAGCCACAAAUACUAGCAAUAUGAAGAUUUUAAUUUUGUUACUGCCUUUUCUGUUCGUAUUGACAUUGGCCGAAGAAGAUUUUAGAAGUGACAGUUGUUACGAGGAGCCGUUUGUUACCUCUUCUGAGUGUUCUGGUAGUUUUACAGCCUGGUCUUAUAUUGCUGAAACCAAUAGCUGUGAGACAUUUACUUAUACAGGUUGUUUGGGUAAUGAUAAUAGAUUUACUUCUGAGAAGGAAUGUGAAGAAUUGUGUGUUGAAAGUCCCAAUACAGAGGGGGAUGAAGAACAUGAAAGAAUAAUUCUUCAUAUGUGAAAUAUAAUUACAAAUAUAUCAACGAAAUAUAAUUUUCUAUUAAAUUUGUCUGUAAUAUUCAGUUGAAUAAAAUAUAAAAAAAAAG